AUAAUCUAUCAUGUACUUCAGCAGGGAACUUCCUACGAGCCAUCUGCAUCUCGAUGGGAUAAGCAGGUGGAAUGGGGAGAGGAGGAACAUAUCGAGGAUUUGGAUGAUCUCCCAUAUCCCGGAUUCGCCGAGCCAGCGUUACGAUGUCUCAGACAGGCGCAACCGCCUCGAUCAUGGGCUCUAACGUUAGUUAUGAGUCCGUGGUUCGACAGGGUCACGAUGUUCGUCAUCCUGAUAAACUGCAUCACAUUAGGAAUGUAUCGGCCAUGUGACGACGGGCCAGAUUGCCACACAUAUCGGUGUAAUAUCCUCGCCUUAAUUGAUCAUGCCAUAUUCGCCUAUUUUGCAGCGGAAAUGGUAAGUAUUAACCAAAUAGUGGGAAACACCGAGGUAGAAACCAAGAAAUCGAGCUGCUGGUUUCAAUUAUGUGAAAUGGAUUACACUCUGCAACAGGGGUAG